UGUCUGAUUUCUGCUUAAGGAACUGGAGUUUAAAAAAGCAGAGUGACACACCUUAUACUUGUAGGUUACUCAUCUCUCCAGGAGUACAUUGACUGCAGUUAAGAUGUCCGCAUGGCUGACUCUUUUGGCUCUCCUCCCCUUGACACUUGCUAUCAACCCUGGAGUCAAGGUGAAACUCACUGAGAAAGGCCUUGAAUAUGGCAGAGAGAUUGGCAUGGCAUCUCUACAGAAAAAACUCAAGACUAUCAGGGUCCCAGACCUCUCAGGGUCAGAGAGAGUGGCUCCCAUUGGCAGGGUCAAGUACAGUUUGACGGGAAUGCAGAUCGUGAAUCUGGGAUUACCAAAGUCUGUGCUGGGAUUAGUGCCAGGAACAGGUGUCAGCCUGUCCAUAGGAAACGCCUUCCUCAACCUUCAUGGUAACUGGAGGGUUCGAUAUCUCAAGUUCAUAAAAGACAGUGGCUCUUUUGACCUGGGAAUUAAUGGAUUGACCAUUACUACAAGCAUUGCCAUCAAGAGCGAUGAGACAGGUCGGCCUGCAGUUAGCAGUGUCAACUGUGUGACAGACCUGGGCAGCGCCACAAUCAAAUUUCAUGGCGGAGCCAGCUGGCUAUACAACCUCUUCAGUUCCUACAUUGACAAGGCCCUGCGCAACACAAUACAGAAACAGAUCUGCCCCCUGGUGGCAGAUGCUAUUACUGACCUGAACCCUCAGCUGAAAACUCUCAAUGUUCUAGCCAAAGUGGACAAGUAUGCUGAGAUUGAAUAUUCCAUGGUGGAAUCACCAGCUAUUUCAAAAUCCUGCAUUGAUUUCGGCUUAAAGGGGGAGUUUUACAACAUUGGAGCCCACCAGGAGCCUCCUUUCUCUGCUACACCAUUCUCCCUGCCUCCUCAGAUCAACAACAUGCUGUACAUUGGGAUUUCUUCCUUCACUACCAACUCUGCUGGCUUUGUGUACAACAAAGCCGGAGCUCUCAGUCUGUACGUCACGGAUGACAUGAUCCCCCCCAGCUCUCCCAUCCGACUGAAUACGAGGACGUUUGGAGCAUUCAUUCCACAGAUUGCAAAGCGUUUUCCUGGUCUGAUGAUGAAACUGCUGGUUAAAACGGCGAAGGAGCCCAUCAUCACUUUUGAACCCAACAACGUGACACUGCAGGCCACUGGAACUGUGACGGCCUACGCCAUCCAGCCCAACACCACGCUCUCCCCUCUGUUUGUCCUGAACAUGGAGGCCAGUGUCAGUGCUCGAGUGUACGUGACAGGCAUGAAACUGGCAGGAGCUAUAACCCUGAACAAGAUUCAGAUGACACUGGGAACAAGUUAUGUGGGAGACUUUCAGGUGAAAUCUCUGGACAACAUCUUCCUGAUGGUCUUGAAAGUGGCAGUGAUACCCAAGGUUAAUGCUCGGUUGGAGAGGGGGUAUCCACUUCCAUCCUUGGGGAAGAUGAACCUUGUGAACACUCAGCUGCAGGUCCUUAAGGACUAUAUGCUGAUUGGGACAGAUGUUCUGUUCACAGGAUAAAGGGUAUUUUAAUUAAUUACAGGCUCUCAUUGCCACAACUUCAUCUUGAAAAAACAAAACAUAAUCAGUAUGUUCAUAUGUAUGCCUCUUUGAACACAAUAAAUGUUUUCUAUCAAUA